AUGAAUUUUGAACUUCAAGCAACAUUAUCAUUGAAUAUUUGUCAUUAUAUAGCGCCAUUUUUUUCAUGUAAUGAUCGUGACCUAUGCUUUUUGACUGUUAGUGAUUUGACCUUAAAUAUCGAACCAUCGAAUGUCAGCUGUUUAAAUUUAUGCAGUUAUAAGUGGUACUCACGAAAUGCAGCAGCUGAUGAAAUUAGUGGUUUUCCGUGGGAUGAAUAUCAGCAAACGCCAAUGCUCGUCGAUUGUUACACUUGCCAAAAUGGCAAUCAACAGGUCGGCUUGAUUGCACGUUAUCGAACACCGUCAAAUCAUUGGCGUUGGCAAAUUUGUUCCGUACUUCAAUGGAUGCAAAUGCGCUUCGUACGAUUAUUUUUCCUAAGCAUGGACUUGCAAGUGGAAACAUUUGGAAAUAUUAUUCUACAUUUUACAACACUUCUGAGCUAUCUGAGGGAUCGCUUAAUAUUACGGCCACGUGCCAAAUUUGGAAUUCUAAAUUUAAAAUCGUGGAAAUGGAUCGAUCGUUCCUACAUGUUGAAAGAUAUUCAUUAUGUCGACCAGUUAACAGAUUUAGCAUCAGAAAGCGGGCAAAUUGUUUCUUUCAUUUCACAGACAUGGACUGAAAACGAAUGCGAACAGAGUAUACGCCUAGGGAAAUCUCCUGUAUCCAUGAUGUCACUGUUUGCCAUCGCCGAUUUUGAACUUCGGCGUCAAGGAAGCCUUGAGCUAUGCAAACUCCGUCGCCAAUUCUUGAAACAUGCGAAAAAUGCUUAA